UUCUGCAUUGCGAUCUAUCUAGUAGAUUUUUUAUCAAACUGGUUUUCUUGAAUUACUCAUAAAAAUAAUGAAUACAUCCACUAGUUCCACUUCUUCCAGGGCAAACAAGAAAAACACGGUCGAAAAUAUGGACGAAGAUACCAUGGAUAUUACGCAGGAAGAUGCCGAUGUUGUUUGCUGGCGUAACCGAACCUGUCAGACCCGGAACGCGAGAUGGCUAUCCCUCGACAAGAUCUACGAAAAAUUGUACCGUCCAAACUUUUACGAGGUCGGUAAUACAUACAUCAACGACGUGCUUGAAUACACAUUCACGGUAAAAGUCGAAAAUGUCGGCACAAUAUUCCUACUGCAUUUAUUUGUUGGUAACACCCAUGAAGGGUCAUUCAAAAUCAAAGUCAAUGAAGGCAGUGACUUGAAACUGGACCGAAAGAAUGGCAAGGCAUUUCUUUCAUCAAUCUCCAAAGAACACAGGUUUGACAAUUCAACAGAAGGAUCUGUGAACUACGUAACCACUUACAGCUUCUCAGAGCAAGAUGUUGAUUUGCUUAAAGAUAAGAGAUUGUACAUUGCAAUGUCUUACUUAGAAGGGAAAGGGAUCAACCAAGAAAUAAUUGAUGAUGUGAAAGCUAGUCACGAUUUUGGAGCACUCCUCUCGGAAUCCAUUGGCUGUGAUUUUACAAUAAAAUCAUUGGAUGGCGAAACAUUUAAAGUUCACAAAGCAAUGUUAGUUGCGCAUAGUGAAGUAUUCAAAGCUAUGCUCAAAGAAGAUACAGCCGAGAGUCAGAACAACUUUGUAACUUUAGAUGUAAUGAAGGAGGACCUGCAAUGCAUCUUAGAAUUCAUCUACACAGGCACUGUGUCAGAUUUGGAGAAUAGCAAUUGGUUUAAUUUGCUGAUGUAUGCAGACAAAUAUGAUCUGAAAGGUCUGCGAGAAUUAUCUGAGCAUGCUUUAGCUCAACAACUGACUGUAGAUAACGUCUUAGAGGUACUCAUUGUCGCAGAUAUGUCUAACUCUGAAGAUUUGAAAACUGCAGCACUAAAGUUCAUCAAGAAGAAUCCAUCUGCACUUCAAACUAGCACUUUCAAAGAGAUUAAAAAUGUGAGUUUAAUGGGGGAGCUCUGUAAGGCGUGUGCCUUUGCAGUGAACUGAAUUUAUUAUGUUAAGUAAUAUAUUUUAAGCUGUGAUUAUUAUAGUGUAAGCAACAUUAAUAUAGUUUGAUAAGUUAUCUUUUUAGGAGUGU